AUGGACAAUGCGCUCGUCACCCACCCGCAGACCCCACAAGAAGCGAGCGCAUGGUACCGUGAGAGCUUAGGCAACGACGCAUCGGGAGCGAAGCGAGCGCAGGCGGGGAGUAUGGAGGGGGUGCAGUCGACGGCGCAGUCGCAGGCGGGUGGUGCGCAGAUGGAUGGCAAGCCGAGCUGGUCGCAGCAGCAACCAAGUGCGAACGGUGCACCGGCGGCGCAGGCGUCGCUGUCCAUGCCGCAGCAGGUGAACGGGCAGGCUGUUGGUAGUAAUGGCGCGGACGCGCAGACGGGUGGUGACGCGGGAGCGAAGAACGGCUUGACGGUUGCAGGAAGCGGCAUUGUGCCAGUCCUGCAAAACAUCGUCGCAACGGUCAAUCUCGACUGCCGCCUCGACCUCAAGACCAUCGCCCUGCACGCGCGCAACGCCGAGUACAACCCCAAGCGGUUCGCGGCCGUCAUCAUGCGCAUCCGCGAGCCGAAAACCACGGCGCUGAUCUUCGCGUCCGGCAAAAUGGUCGUCACUGGCGCCAAGUCCGAGGAUGACAGCAAGCUUGCUAGCCGCAAGUACGCGCGCAUCAUCCAGAAGCUGGGCUUCAACGCCAAGUUCACGGACUUCAAGAUCCAGAACAUCGUCGGCUCGUGCGACAUCAAGUUCCCGAUCCGUCUCGAAGGCCUGGCCAGCCGGCAUCACAUGUUCAGCUCCUACGAGCCCGAACUCUUCCCCGGUCUGAUCUACCGGAUGAUGAAGCCCAAGAUCGUGCUGCUCAUCUUCGUCUCUGGCAAGAUUGUCUUGACGGGCGCGAAGGUGCGCGAGGAGAUCUACCAGGCGUUCGAGCUCAUCUACCCCGUCCUCUCGGACUUCCGCAAGACUUGA